AUAAUUUAUUGGCAAGAAACUACGGUAUAAUCGUUUGAUGGGUUGAAGCGCGCGUACGUUUGUUAAACAAAAUGAUUCAGUUUGCGUUUACGCAUGUGUUGGUAAUAUUGAUUUUUCUUAUGUGUAAUGGUUUACAUGCAUUGAAAACAACGGAUGAUGGUGUCUGUGUUCGAAAUGUUACGACGAGCAAACUUAAUAAAUAUGGAAAGAGAGUGAAACACAUAAGCACAGUGCCCCACUGCUGCACAGGUUGGAAUUACGAUGCCGAAACUGACGGUUGUAAACCGGCCGUUCCCUGCAAUGGACUGUGUGUAAACUCCAAAUGCGGUGACAACGAUGUAUGCGAAUGCAAUUCUGGCCACAGACGGGUAAACGAAACCCACUGCGCCCCAGAAUGCCCCACCCAUUUCGUGAAUGACCCGUAUACAUUAAAAUGCAUUUGCGAACAUGGCUACAAGUGGUCGGCAAACGAAACGAAAUGUCUCCCAGUCUGCGAAGAAGAAUGCGAGAAUGGGGAAUGCGUGGCCCCAAACGAAUGCACUUGUCAUUCCGGAUACGAAUUCCAGAGCAAAUAUAAAUGUAAACCUGUAUGUUCGAUCUGCGAAAACGGGGAAUGCAUAUCACCAAACGUAUGUGUAUGCAGCGAAGGAUAUACCCGGAAAGGAAGCAAAUGUAUCCCUGUAUGUGAAGAGGAAUGCGUUAACGGGUUUUGCAUAGUUCCCAACAUUUGUGAAUGUGGGGAAGGCUACAGAAAUAAUUUGACCGCGCCCCAUAUAUGUUACAAACCUUGUAACAACAUUUGCAAUUAUGGGAAUUGUGACCUACAUGGACGGUGCAUCUGUGAUGCUGGCUUUAAAUUUGACGGCGACAGUUGCAAACUGAUUAAAACGGACGAAGUCAAUAAACUGUCAGAACUCUCUUCGAACAAAACGUUGGCUAGCCUGCAACUGUCCUGGAUAUUGGCUGGAGUUGUAAUAUUACUUCUGGUGACACUAGGAGUGGUGAUCAUGCAAAGGAUUUGGCAGAAAACGAAGAAAAUUGACCGCAAGCCUUCCGGGGAGUGUAAGUAUUUAAAUAUAUUAUUUGUAUUGCUGUGUGUUUCUAUAUACUGAACUGGAUG